GGUGGUAGAUGCUCACCCCUGGAAACAUUCAGGGCCAGGCUGGACUGGGCUCUGAGCAACCUGGUCUAGCUGAAGAUGGCCCUUUCUCUAAAAAGUCCCUUUAAAAGUCCUUUCCCACCCAAACCAUUCUGUGAUUCUGUGACCCCGAUGCAAAGCCAUUCUCCUGGCCACUGACGAGUACAUGUAUGUGGUGCCCUGCAGAGAACUGUCUGAAUCCCAUCUGUAUAGCUAAUCCUGGCUAUUCUGGUCCCAGUGUCUAAUACUAGGAAUGGAUGUAGGGGAUGUCAGGGAGCAGCAAGCUGUAGAGGGAGCACAUCACAUCUAUAACCUGCCUGUGUUUUUCAGAGCAGAUGCAUGGUGCUACACUGUAGUAACACUAGCUGCAUGGAGAAAACAAGUGCAAAGGACAUCACUUGCAAGCUGUUUUUGUUUAGUUUCUUAGGUGCUAUCACCUGAUCUUGUAUGAGUUUGUGCCUGCGUCAUGUCCUUGUCUGAAACUCAUACUAAUGAACCCUGAGAGCUGGAUGACUCCAGGAUUUGCAUUUGGAAUGGGAAGUGGAAAUAAAGUUUUUACUGAAAUGCUUCCAGCCUGAAGAGUGUCAGACAAAGCUUUGGAGAGACAGGAGGUGUGCUAUUUUCAGCCGUGCUCCGGUGAGAGAUCAGUCGUGUAUGUGGAGGGGGGGACACAGAGGGUGAGAUUGACAUGACACGUGUGUCAGACAACUCUGGCCCCUUACCAAGAGGAGAAUCAAAUGUCUAAUCAUAGGCAGAGCAGCAGCUGGUUGUCCAGAAGAGCAGUGAAGGCUGGGCUUGACAGUUUCAACUCUCCUCUUGUGUGUGUGAACUUGAAGGAGAAAGUGUGCACAGGGCCUUUUGGAGGACUGGAGAGUUGUGUGAAUUUUGAUGAUGGGAGUAGAAGAUACUGCCUGUUAAGAACUGGAGUCUGUUUUGAAGUUGGGAAGACAAAAUAUCCAAAGCAUAGAAAUCAUGGGAGCUGAAGAAGAAAUGCUCAUCACUCUGUCUGGAGGUGCCCCCUGGGGCUUCCGGUUGCAAGGCGGUUCCGAGCAGAAACGGCCCCUUCAGGUGUCAAAGAUCCGAAAGAGAAGCAAAGCAUGCCGUGGAGGCCUGUGGGAAAAUGAUGUGCUAGUAUCUAUCAAUGGGAAGUCAUGUGCUGGCCUCUCCCAUGCUACUGCCAUGCAGAUCAUCGAUUCCUCCAAUGGCAUGCUCAACAUCCGCGUGAAAAGGAUAGUUGGUGGGGACCAAACCGGCCCACGGCUCCUGCGCUCCCCUUCUCCAGGGCAGCGAGUUCUCUCCCCACCAUCCCCACUCAGCUCCCCAGCACACAUACUCAGCCCUGAACCAGCAGGAGCCCCAGCCACCGUGCAGCCCUCGCAACCACGGAGGUCACAGAGGCACCCAGAGAGCUUCACCUCCCCGCCAGACAGUGAGGCUUACUAUGGGGAGACAGACAGCGAUGCAGACAACGUAGCCCAGGAGAAGCACCGCCGGGCUCGCAAGAAGAGCCCACGCUCCCCACCCGACAGCACCACCAGCAAGCUGGAUGCACCUCAGGAUGAGGUGUCCCUGUCCGAACAGAGUGGCUAUGAGAGCAUGCCAGAGCCUGCUCCUCUGCGGGGAGCUGAGGUGGCCAGCUCCAGCGGGGUGGCCAAGAGGGAGAUUACCUGCUCGCCUGGCAGCCGUACAGACACUCCAUUUUCAGAAAGUGAGGGACAGUUGCAGCCACCAUCAACAGAAGGACGGGAGCCUUCUCCAGAGGCAAUGCUCCUGCCCCAUGCCACCAAGGCUAUCCAAGCGGAACGCCAUCUCAUCCCCAUGGUGGGGCCAGUGGAACACCCAGUUGAUGAAGACCUAACCACCACAUACAUGGAGAAAGCCAAGCAGGCCAAGCUCCACCGCCACGAGAGCAUCCAAGAGAAGAACGUGAAAGAAGCCAAAACCAAGUGCAGAACCAUUGCAUCCCUGCUGACAGAUGCACCCAACCCCCACUCCAAGGGGGUGUUAAUGUUCAAGAAGCGCAGGCAGAGGGCUAAGAAAUAUACAUUGGUAAGCUUUGGGAGCGUUGACGAAGACCGCUCCUACGAGGAGGAGGACGGAGUUUUUCCCACAAGUGAGUCUGAAUUUGACGAGGAAGGUUUCUCUGAUGCCCGAAGCCUAACUAAUCACUCAGACUGGGACAAUACUUACUUGGACAUUGAAAAGUCCAAGUCUGACUCUGAACAACAGGAAGAGAAGCAAAAGGGUUUGAGUGAGGCCUCAGGUAAAGGAGCUCGAUUAUUUGAACAGCAGAGGGAACGGGCUGGGAGGUACACAGUUGAGAAAGUCCCUGCACAGAUUAGCCCCCAGCUUACCCCAGCUGCCCAGCCGCAGCAGGGCACGGUGAACGGAAAUAUGCCUGUGCCACAGAAGACAGACAGCGUGCCCAUCAGCAUCCACCUGGAAGGUGUGCAAGUGCCCAGCAAGCAGCCAGCCACCCUCCCAACCCAGAUCCUGGCUCCCCCUAGCCCCACUUUCUUCCCACCUCCCCCAAGCACCCCUGACCCCUUCUCUGCAAGCUCAAGCAUGUUCAACAGGUCUGCACGGCCCUUUACUCCUGGCUUUUCUGGUCAACGGCCUGCAACAUCCUCUGUCGUCUUCAGGCCAUCUGCACCCAAAAAACCCAGUGAAAGUCUGAGUGGGCAAAGCACAGUGGAUCCCCCGUUCUCACCUCUGUCUCCAGGAGCACCUGCCAAUGCACCAGUGCCAGCACAGCGUGGUCCGGUCAGUUCCUCCACAUCUCUGUAUAUUCCUGCACCAGGAAGGUCAACACCAGCAAUGGAGUCACAACCGAGGGCUGGAGGAAGUGCUCCAGAAACUAAGCCUUCUACCAACACUGCCCGGACAUCCACCACCUCUAUCUUUCUGUCAACUCCCUCAAAGCCAGGAGGGGAGGUGGCCUCUACAGCAUCCCAGCCACGAGUCCCUGGAACAGCCUCUUCUUCUUUGUAUAUUAGUCCAGCACCAUCACAGCACACAAUAAGCAGCUCCCCCACACCAAAUCAGCCUUCUCCUGCCAUCUCACCCGCAACGCCACGACCUCCUUCCGAGCCCUUAACCUCCAGAGAGCAGAGGAUUUCUGUGCCGGCUCCCCGCACAGGCAUCCUGCAGGAGGCUCGCCGACGCGGCAACAGAAAACCCAUGUUCAGUAAGAUUGAGGAGAAGAAGAAGAAUUCACCCAACCCUGAACUCCUGUCUCUGGUGCAGAACCUGGAUGAGAAGCUGAAAAGUGACCACCCUGGGGCAGGCUUCGAGUCUGGGCCUGAGGAGGACUUCCUCAGCCUGGGUGCUGAGGCAUGCAACUUCAUGCAGUCCUCUGGCCGCAAAUUCAAGACCCCACCUCCAGUGGCUCCUAAACCUCAGCAGCAAGACGCUGGGCUGGUAAAUGGGGCCCAGGACAUGCCUCAGCUUAAAGGCAAGGGCGCAGAGCUCUUUGCCAAACGCCAGAGCCGCAUGGACAAAUAUGUGGUAGAGACAACACCAAAGCCAGAGUCCAAGCCCAGGACCCCCUCUCCUUCCCCUUCACUGCCCUCAUCCUGGAAAUAUUCACCCAACAUCCGGGCUCCACCUCCAAUAGCUUACAACCCAAUGCAUUCCCCUUUCUAUCCCCUGGCAGCCAGCAAAUCUCAGGCUAGCAAAGCAGAGAGCAAAGUGAAAAAGGCACCUGGCCAGAAAUCAGGGAUCAAGGUCAUUGAUUUAAUGCGCCACCAGCCCUAUCAAUUAAAGUCAGCCAUGUUCUGCUUUGGGGAUCCCCCAGGCCCCAGCAUUCAGGAGUCUCCUGGUCAGCCAGCCCCACAGGCUAGCUCAUCCUUCACAGCAGCCAAGCAGAUACCUGUGAAAACAGCCAAGACCCAGGAGAUUCGUCGCUUCUCCACCCCAGCUCCCAUGCCAGCCUCAAGCAGCAUGGCACCCACUGUGCUUAUGCCCCGCUCAGCCACCACGUUGGAUGAGCCAGUGUGGAGAACAGAAAUGGCCUCUUCUGCUCCCACUACACCAGCACCCUUCCAGGUAGAGCUUAGCCAGUUCCCUAAGCCAUACCAGAGCUCCCCAGAGCCUGGUAUGGCAGCCCAGGGGCCUUCCCCAAACCCAGCCUCAGCCUCUCGGUUUCAGGUGGCCAGGCCCAAAUUCUCAGCUGCGAGAACAGGGAUGCAGGCCAAUGUGUGGAGGCCAAGCUUUGGCCACCACUGAGGCGGGCACCCGUCCCGUCCCAUUCGUGGUCCCACAGAGAUAGUGCUCGUUUUGUCUUUCAUGUCAGCAAAGUGCAUUGGGAUGAGUGACACAAAAUGAAGAAAAGAUUUAAAAAAAUAAUUGCUCCACUUCUGCAGCAGCCUCUCCCUCAGCUUCCCCUUGGUCUCAGAUGGGCAGCUUCAUGGCAAGGCUUACUGACUGUGGCUACAGCAGGAGGAAGAAUGCGGAGAGAGGGCACGUAUGGGGUACACAGAGACUGGGAACUUGCACACAGCAGCAAAACCCACCUCUGGAGGGGGUGAAUAGCAAGGGUUGUGAAUAUAUAGGCAGUAGUUGUUUUCCUUUCCCUAGGGCACUGGAGUCACUCCUGAAUGGAGGCAGACUGGGGGACAAGAGCUUUCCAGGAAGAAGGGGCCAGAGGUGGAUUACAGCAUGCAAGUCCUAGCUUCCCCAUUGGACUGGAUUUCUCUGAGCCAGCCAUCUGUACACAUGUACCUGUGCAUGCACACACACAUGCACACAGCAGUACUCAGCAAGGAGUGAAAGUAGAAGUGGGACUUGCCUUGGACACUUCUCCCAGACUCCCAUCCAGAGGGGUGUGGGAAAGGAGGUGAGGGAGCAGAAUGAGCGGCAGUUUGUGCACAUGCACGUAUGGGCAGCGUGCCCUGCGCAGGAGAGUGGCCAUGUGUGCCUGUUCCUCCAGUCACCAGGGCUGGGGUAAAAGGCAGAGUCAUCCUGGCUGGUGCUAAACAUGGCUAUCAGGUCUGGGAGCAGUUUGCCAAAGGGGGGUGUUGAAUGGACUUAGGGGGGCUGUCACAAGCUGGAGGAACUGCAGAAGGAAGUAUCAAACUUUGAGGACACACAAAGUCAAAGCUAAGCUCAGGCAACGGCUGGCUGGGGCAAAGAAGGCCCCGCAGCAUUAGUCUCUCUGGAACAGGAUAUGGAUGCUGUAAGUACAAAGGAGGACUGCGUGGGAGAAAAUACAGUUAGCUUUAAAAGAAGUCAGGAUUGAAUAUGCAUUUGCACAUCCUUUUGGGGAUUUUUUUUUAGUUUAGGACAGAAGCGUGGUGAGAUUAGAAAUGGGUCACAACAUAAAACUUGCUGAAAACUCUGUGAUGAGCUGGAAAAUGGAGCCCCUUUACGGAUGCUCUCAGAAUGAAAGUGGAGGAAGGGAAAUAGAAAGUUACAAGUAGAAUUUCAUACUAAAUUAUUUAAGUAUCUUUGGGGCCUAUCUUGGAAAGAACUGAAGUGCUCUGAGAUUCCAGAGUGAAUCUGCAUUCACACACACAUACAGAGCUCAGUUUGCUGACAAUGCUGGGAAAACAGGUCUGGUUAUUCUUUGAAUGGCCCAGGCUAGCCUCAAACUUAAUCCCUGUGUUAAAGGCAUACAGGGAGAAAGCAUUUCUUUUCCCAAGGAAGAAUUCAGGAUAUUAGUAGGGACUGUGCAUGUGUGUGUGCAUGUCAUCUAUGCUCUGAUUUGCACACACCCUGUCAUUUGCUUUCUGCCUGUGCUCCCCCUUUUGCAGCAGACACUUUUACAGUGUGAUCCCACAGGUACACUAAGAAAUCAUUACUCCUGAAGCCGUGGCUCCCAAAUACAGCAGAUAUCCCAGCUGCAGGGAUGGCACUUGCCAACUCUUUCUGGGUAGGGGUUGCCCAGCCUUUUGCUAGACCAUCAGGAAUGAAUACUGAGGCAGGAUGAGGGAUUCAUAGCCCUGCUUGAGACAUAUCUCCGUGUCAUUAGACUUGCUCCUACCCUUCAAGGAGAAGCCGUUUUCUGACUGGACUCAGCACAAACUUUGGAUGUACAAAACUGUAGGUUCUGGGGACAAAAAUAUCAGUGCAGCUGGGUCUGAUGCCAAGUCUUUAAGCAGUGCAGCUUGUGUGGUUUCACACAAAGUCCAAACCAACCUUCCUUCAUGCAGCUGGAGCUCAUGGUGUGUUCUUUCUGUGAAAGCUGGGGGCUCUGCUUUUUCUUGGAGGGUCUGAAGUGUUUCUCUGUGAGCACCUGGAGGUUUUGCACAUGUUCUCCCAUGAAGAAAAAGAGGGCUGGAUAACCCAGCUAGCCACUCUAGUCCCAGACAAGCCUGGAAGGGAGAGAAUGAGAGGAAAGGAAAAGUAAUACAUAAUCCUGCUUUUGAAUCCUUCACACUGUGGCUGGGCUUGUUCUGCAGGCCUGUGUUUGCAGUGCACAUUCCUGGGUGGCCUGAAACAUAGGACAAGCAUGCUGGGGAGGGAGGAGGACAGCACUUAUUGGCUCUCCUCAUGGGAGAGGAUGGAGAGAAAACCUUUGGGAAUGCCUUGAGUUAAUGAACAAGGGGGUGGCUGAUCCAGAAGAGGUGCUACACCUGGUUGUAUGACAUAGGAACAGCCAACAUGAACUGCUGAUGGUAUGUGUUCCUGGAAAGCAAGUCACUGCAGAGUUAGUUCAGAUCACCAGAAGCUACUUAGUCUGUUGAAAGUGAGCAGCCAUGCUGCAAAAUCUAACUUGGACAAUUGCUCUCUCACUCAUCCUGUGCUGCAUUGCAUAGCCAGCAUUUAGAGAAAAAAAUUCCUGUGUGCUGUAUCAAGCUGAAUCUCUGCAAUUCUUCACAAAUGUGUAAAGAGGGGUCUUCUGUUUUCUAGAAAAGCUGUGGGAAGGAAAAGCUUCAUCUCUAGUCUCCUCAUGGAGCGUUGUCUCUAACUGGCUAGUAGUUUUAGCCACUAGCCUUAGACAGACAAGCUAGCCCAGGUUGAAAGCAUUACUGAACUCAGGUGUGGAUAGGGGUUGUGUGGACCAGAGAAAGGUUGCUCAAGAUGUUUCUGCAGUGAAGAAAUAACCUCAGAAAGUCUGAAUCUUCCUCCAGUUUCCUUUUUCCUCAGGCCCCUAAAAGUAACUGCUCUCAGAGCCUGAGUGGCUCAGGAAAGUAAUUGUGUACUGGAAAUAAAAGAGAGGUCUGGCCUUGUCAUGUAAGGAGAUUGCAUGGGGUUAGUAGUUCAGUGGUCCCACUCCAGGUUUCUAGGCGACAUUGAUGCAAGCCAAGGAGUGAUGGCCAAACACUGUUGAAUGUUAGAUGUCAGGACCUAAGUGAGUGGAAUAACAGCAUUUGCCCCAUCGUUUCUGAUAAUAUAAUGGGCAGCAGAGAUGAAAAAUAUUAGGCCUGUUUGGAGAAUGAAUAUUAAACAUCAGAGCAAGGAAAAGAACAAGGAGACUGGGGAUCCUGCGUUUCAUGUCUAACAUGCUUGGUUUACAGCUAUGUUUAGAAGCAAAGCCAAAGUAGUUCGGUGGAUCUCAGCGCCUCCUGAUCUUUUCUGAAUCCUAUGCUGACACAAGAGUUGAUCUGCAGAAGCAGAGGGUGUUGCAGAUGAGGCCUACAGUGCUUGUGGCAUAUCCCAAAUAAGGUCUGUGGCUGCAAGUAGCAUGAGAUGAGAAAAGAUACUGAGAUGCAUCUGCUAAGCUAUAAGGAAGAAACCUGCACUACUGCUGACUUCAAGCAGCUUUGCUGGUGGAUGCUCAUGAGAAUACUGUGGCUAGCCUGUAAGAAAGGUCACAGGUAAGGUUACAAGGAAUAUUUUUGAACCAUAUAAGCUUGUCUUGAGCAUCUCCAAAUUUCUAAUUCCUCAGUUGUUGUAGAAAAGUGGUAUUAAAAAAGGAAAGACUUAGCUCUGAAUGCAGGCAUCAGCCUAACAGUCAUAGAACAAAUAAGGCACGUGAGCACAGCUC